GAAUUUCUCUCAAUUCACUCCCAAACACAUUUAUAAUACAUUUCUCAACCACCUGACGCACUUCUAACAACAACACCAUCCUUUUUAAACCAUUUCCAAUAUCAGAUGACAUUGGCAUAACCAAAGAUACAUUCUCAUUAUUUAUCAUCUUUUAAAGACCAGAAUGAAAAUAUUUUACUGAACAGAUAUAUAAGAUUGUUUCUAUGAAUCUGUGGUGGAAUUCCUCUGAUAUAUUUACUCUGAAUUGUGUUAUUAGCAAACCUUCUGGACAUCACUGGUUGGAGUGUCUACACGAUGAGUCUGUUUGCAGAUUGAACGUGGAUAAAUUUAGUUGUUUUGUGACAAAGGUAACAGUGGCCAGAAAUAUAACAGUUAAAAUAUUUGUAAACAAAAGACUAUAGAAGCAAAAAGAAUAAAAAAAGAAGGUAUAUUGUGAAGUUGAAGGAAAAAUAAUGGAAAAGAGUGAGAAAGUGAAGGAACAUAUUUUUCCAGAAGUUAGCAAAAAAGAGAGACAAAAAUUGUUACAUGACUGUGAUGUGUGUAAAAAGUCUUUCUCACAAAAAGGUACCUUAAAUAGUCACAAACGUAUUCAUACAGGAGAGACACCGUAUUAUUGUGAUAUCUGUGGUAAAUCAUUCUCUCAAAGUAGCAACUUAACUGCUCACAAACGUUCCCAUACAGGAGAGAAGCCAUUUCACUGUGAAAUCUGUGGUAAAUCAUUCUCUCAAAAACAGAACUUGACUACACAUAAACGUAUUCAUACAGGAGAGAAGCCAUAUCAUUGUAGUGUCUGUGGUACAUCAUUCUCUCACCAAAGUGCUUUCAUUUCUCACAAACGUAUCCAUACAGGAGAGAAGCCAUAUUCUUGUGAUAUCUGUGGAAGGUCAUUCACUCAACAUAGCAGCUUAACUUCUCACAAACGUGUUCAUCAGGGGAAGAAGCAAUCCCACUGAUAUUUGCGCUAAAUCAUAAUCUCUAAGGGGUUACUGAAACCCUUUACCAUGCAGGUUAUUCUGUCGAAUGUGAGGGUUAUUUAUUCACAUUAAUUUCAAUUUCUCAUCCAUUAACUCACAGUUUUCAAGUUUUGAUGAUGUGGUUGUGUAUUUUCAGAAUGGCAUCGUAUGGUAGGUGCAAGAGGCUGAGUCUGUCUAUGUGCUAUGUUAAAGGGAUGUUUUGAUAAAGGUUUAGUAAAAUUCUAUGAAUUAGAAAAAAGAUAUUUAAUUUUAAUUCUCAAAUUUUUAUCAAUUUUUGCGUGAUAUUAAAGGGACUCUACUCAUAUAUGAACUUAGGCGCACACACACACACAGACACAAGAGAUAAAAGACAAUACAAAGAGUUUUCAAAUUGAGUAAACAGGAAAUAACAUUGGUAUGUAGCUUGCUUACCAACCACAUGGUUCCGGGUUCAGUCACACUGCGUGGCACCUUAGGCAAGUGUCUUCUACUAUAGCCUCAAGCCGACCACAGCCUUGUGAGUGGAUUUGGU